UGCAGAUUUGAAACGCAUACCUUAUCACAUCAGAUGUCAGUGUUAGAUUACAAUCUUAUGCCACCAAGUAAAUAGUUGAAACCACGAUCACUCCACUCUGUAAGUGGGCUUGGGAAGCGAUGAGGUAGUUACACUUCUCCCGUGGAUCGUCGCUCGUAAAACAAGCUGGUGUAUUGAUCUGAGAAGUUGUGAAUGAUACCAAGUGACGACACAGGAGCAAUACACUUACAGGAUCCAGCGAGUGGCUGCCAGUCGGGUAUGUUAAUGUGGCUAGCGUAAAGAGGCGUCUUGGCAUCGUGUGUCUACUUUACGUAGGUUGUGGCACGAAUUGUAUCACUCACUCUGCUGCAUCGAUGACAACAUUCUAGGGAAGCGACGACAGCGGAGUCAUACGCACCAUUGUCACACUGCCUUCACGGCUGACCAAAAUGGAUCCCAACUUUUGUAAUGGCAGUGUUUGCUACAAUCAAUCAGCGCCAAUGAUGAACAUGAAACCGGACGAUUGGGGAUUCAUUUUCAAGGUCAUUUUCACGCCAAUUAUCGCCUUGGUAGGAAUUGUUGGAAACUGUCUCUCAUUCAUGGUCAUGAAAACAAGGAUGUUGCGUGAAAAAUCCUACAGUCAUUACCUUUGCGCACUAGCAGUGUUCGACAGUUUGUCCCUAGUAGCAGUGCAAGUGAAAACAGCUGAUGAACUGCUCUACUACCUUCACAAGCCAAGUCUGUUCACCUACUUCACCGACGCAGGAUGUAAACUAUAUGUAUUCACUGAAUGUAUGUGUUAUUUGAUGUCGUCUUGGCUUAUUGUGUGUAUGGCCCAGGAAAGGCUAAUUGUUGUGUUCAUGCCCUUCAAGAAGCAUGUGUUGUGCACACAACGUGGCGCCGUGGUAAUCAUACUAGCUAUCUUCGUUGUUAUGUCCUAUACCCAGAUGUUCCGACUCAUCAUGGUUACCAAGAUAGGGGACAAAUGUGAAGGCCGGCCGGAACUAUCCGCUAUUUAUACGUCUCUCCAUGUGUAUUUCUAUCAGUUUGCGUUGUGCUUCAUCCUUCCUAUCCUUAUCGUGUCCAUCUGCAACAUAUCUGUCCUGUGUAAGAUCCGGAGCGUCAGUCGAGCAAUGGCGGAUGAGAACUCGUCGUCCACGAGAUUAACACGAGGAGCAGCGAGACGUCACAAGACCACUAUGAUGCUACUAACAAUCUGCUUCAUGUACAUCAUAACCCUUUUGCCUGUAAUCACCGUCACUAUGAUAGUGUUCGUCUACCUGAAUUGUUACCCGUUACAUGCCCCUUACGUUUUCAUCACCAUUACACCUUGGACACAUGUUGCCACUGUCGUCUCACAAAUUAAUUACGCGGCAAACUUUUUCAUAUACGUUGUGUCAGGCAAGAACUUCCGUGUUGAACUCAGAAGAAUAUUUUCGAGAGAAAGAGGAAGUAACCUAAACAGUUCCAAGACACGGGAAGAGAUAAUGCUCCUCUGAUGUCCUACUCACCAUGCCAUAUCCGGGGUUUGCAGAGGCCAGGGAAAAUAUCACUUUAUGAUGCAUGAUUAUUUUCAAUAUGACGGGAACAACGGAUAACGAGUAGUGUAUUUGUCUGUCAUUAAUCAUCCUAAAUGUUACACAUUAUCUCGUUUAGAGUGGAGCUUCUGGUAAUGGCUUAUUCACAUGUGGACGGUUUACAUUAAGCCAAAUCACCAUAGCUCGAGUAUCGUUUUCAAUGGGUACGUUGUAACAUUAUGUUUUUCUUAAACUUUUUCUUGAUACUUUUAUACCAAUGCUAAUAAUGGUUACAAAGCCAUAUUCCGGAUGAAUUACGAUAUCUUCACAACUGACAGAAGCACAUAGUAAAAAGACACCUGGAUUUUGAACCUGACUUGCAAAUUGCAAUGGAUCUUUGUUAAAGUAAAUUUGACAUUAAUAGAAACAACCAUCUUUAGCAGCAUUAAACAGACAAAUUACAAGACGUAACUGGAUUGACAUCGUUUUCAAUUUCUGGCCCUUCAUUGUACUUGGAAAAUGACUUUUUAUGAUAGAUGAUAAUCAUCAUUAUUGGCACAUAUAUAAGCUAUUUGUGUGAUACGUUAUACCUGUAUCUUCAUCUGCAAUACAUGUAUUUAUGUCCAAUACUAGAUGUGAUUGUGUAAACUGUUUUGUCAUUUGAAUCGAAUGUUAUUUAUGUCUGAUAUUCACGUUGUUUAUCUAUUAUAUAUGAAAUUGUAGCUUACUGUGAUUACUUUUGAUCUAGGCAGUUAGAUGAAUGUGUGUUUCAUAAAUCAUAAAACGUUGAUCGUGCCUAAUGAUAUUGCUCAAUCCUUCCUAUAUGUCGUACAUACUCGUAUAUGACUUGUGUCAUUGUGAAUAUGUCGUUAAGUGCGAAUCUACCUGGUGCCCCGGUUUUGAUGACAUUGUUUCAAUAAGCAUUUUCCAUGACAGUUUCGAGAGUUUACUGUUACUUUUAAGGAGAUGUGUCAUGCACCAGCAUAGUUGUAAUGCUACAUCAACACUGCCAAUAACAAGCAAACAUUAAGGCAUCUUCAGCCCCGAGAUGCUGGUUAUCCAAAGAUGAAUUCAAAAUGGGCGGACGACAUUAUUAUAAUAUCAUGUAUAUUUUUCUCUUCGGCGCAUUGUAAUUCGAACUAAAAGCAUUCCAUAUUUUUUCACAUUUCUGAAACUGUUCACCAGGUGUAAAUAGGUGUGAAAUGUACGUGUUAUGGCUUUGAAAGAAACACGUGUGUUGAAUGUAGCAGUAGUGCUUAAAAUACAUACAUUAACAUAUUGGUAUUUUUGACGCUUGCAUAGGUUGUGCUUGUUGGACAUAUUUGUGAUAGUGUAACAGUGAAGUGUUUUGGCACGUAGCAUCUAUUAAUGUUAUUGAAUUAUGACAGCUAUACACAUGAUGUAUCUCUCUAACCCAACCGAUAAUGUGUUUGAUGGGUACGUUUCUUAAAAUGAAAAAGGAUGUAAUUAGUCGCACAAUGUAUUUUAGGGGUCUUUCUAUCCACCAACAUGUUGUGUCUUUUAUUUGAAAGUGAAAUAUUUUCUUUCUAUAAUGAGGGUAAUUAUUUACUGAUAUAUUCAUAUUCAUAAAAAAAACCUUCGGUUUAUAGAGUACUCGAUUCAACUAGCCAGCGCUGUUUAUUUUUCCAGCCUAUGAACACCGUUAUUGUCCGGUGAGAAACUAAAGGAUGCACACGUUGGAUUUAAUUAACUUGCAGCUAAACUGAAGCUCUUUUGGUACAAUUAGCCCCUUCUUAAGUAUAUUUAGAACGUCAUGACAACGCCAUAUUUACAGUAACGUUUGUAAAAUAAUUUCUUACUUUUAGGAAAGGAACCUAGGGGAUGUUACUUACAUACAGGUGUGAUUAAGAGGGAUUUUGUUAUGUUUUGCAAAUAUUUUUAUAUGUGAAAGCAUUGAUAAUGAAAUCGACAAUAAUUUUGUAUUGUUGUGUUAAUGGGUAAAUGGGGUUUUACGACUCCGGAACAACAGGAUUGGGAUUAACACGUUGAACCUCAGUGGGGAUCUGAACUUUGUCCGUACGAGAGAACAUUCUGACCACGAAUCCCCAUCGUCACUAUCCAAUGUUUGAUAUACAGCAUCAGUUGCAUGUUGGUCAGUGUACAUGUCAGCAUAUGUGAUAUACAAUGGUGUCUUGUUCAUUCUUUCUAUCAUAGUUUUGAAUCACGUUAUCAUGACAUGUACAUGUAUUCGUCCAUAUUGUUUGUCUUUUCACAAUAAAUUCACAGUAGGUUAAAUAAGGCCGAAACAGUGUUUCCUUUAUCAUUGAUCUCAUUGGACAAACUGACCUGUCCCUUUCCCCAGCGUACAACGGGUAUAAUAUUAAAUGUGUGCAUUCUUCCUAUACUGGCAGAAGGGGGAAAAACAGGGAGAUUUGCUCAACACACAGAGGGGAGAAUCAAAAUAUCUGUUUGGCAUCAAUAUGAUUUUGUUGUACGAUGCGUAUUGUUUUGCAUAUCAAGAUCAACAUUGAUAUAUGCUAACAUUUUCAUGGCAACUAAAUGGGGCUUUUACUCGCCAUGGUAGCGGUGGACAGAUUGCACAGUGGUCGCAGUUACUAUAAAGAAGCCAUCGAGCUACAGUCACACAAAGGCUCGAAGACCAAGUAAAACAUGGCUUAAAUACGUCACAGUUAUAUUCUCUUUCGCUACACGACCCCACUGAUUUUCAACCUUUGCGACAAGUUGAUUAACAUAUCUAGCAAAACAUGAACAGAAAACGUCGUGACGCUAAUAUUAACACAGUAAUGUAAGCCUGGUUUGGGAAUAAGCAGUGAAAGAUUCAGUGGUCGUCGGUUACCUUUAUGCUGACUCACAUUGGUAUACAUGUAACCGACAGAUAUGGUUUUACGUAACUCAUUCACAGGUUGAAUGGUAAAUCAUUCACAUUCGUUGAGUACUGUUCGUAAUAUCCCGUUCACCCCUUACAAACGGUGUGCUGUCUAACUGAAAUCCACUGUACCGAAAGGAAAGAGUGAGUGAGAUGGUUUAAUGCCGCUUUGAACGGUAUUUCAGUUAUAUCACGGCGUGUCUGCUUGGUUUUGGAGGAAAGCCCGAAGUGAUGAGUGUGUUAGAUGUUUACCACUUUGGUGAAACAGGAAAACGAGUAUGAUGCCGACAACUCUGGAAACGUAUCGAAAAAUCGAACCCAAAAUGCCAUGUUUCGGGGAUGCCCAAGGGACGCAACUCAAGACAGCAAAUUGCUUCUACUCAGAAGACUGGGCGACCCAUGCCCUCCAAGAAGGAAGGAUAACAGAAAUGCUAACUGCAAAUCAUGGAGUCUAUCUACAUGUAUGUUUAUGUAUGGCCUACUCGCAGGCUAUCGAGACAGUGACAGCGGGAUGUCGAGAUUUAGUUUGCAAAAUAUAUAUUUUAGACACUGUAACAGCAUCAGUUUGUAUGUCAUGGCGCACCGUGGAUAUUCUAAGGGAUACACAAAUAUGAUAAGAAAGACAUAUCACAUAAUACCUGAUAACUCAUUACUGAGUUCUGUUUCCGUUUAGAACAGAUUGGCUACUGACUACGGAGCAAUCUUGUUUAGUGAUGGGCUUAUCGUCUGGAUAAAGAUCUUGUGAUUUUUCCGAAAAGGAAUCCAUCCAAGUAAAAAAAAAUGAUCAUAAAUCAAAAUGAUAAUAAAAUGACAUUCGCAAGACGAUGGAUGGCAUGCCUAUUGCAAAAUGGGUUAAACCGUUUUGACCGUUAAGAUGGAUUAAAACUUAAAGAUCGACGGAAUGUUUUAUCAUGAACAAAAACGUCCCAGCACCUGUGCUCCACACAUCAACAUAUUUCCCUCGAGAUGAACACAGAUACAGUCAACGUACAUAAAGUACCCCGAGCGCAUGCCAGGACCUCUGUCUAAUUCCGUUGUAAUUGGUUGGUACGUUCAGAAAGAACUCUCCGUUUUCGUGGCUGCAGUAAGCGUACAUAAAGUAACACGUGUAUACACCAGUAUCUGUCGCAGUUUGUGUGUGCGAUCAAAUAGGGCAAUAAAAGAAACGGUUUCAACAAUCCAAUAGUCAGGGGGCGCGGUGACCCAGUCGUCUAAGGCGCUGUAAUUAGCUGUGCAAAGUUGCAUUCCUUGGGCACGCCAGAAAGCU